AUGGAUCGAAAAUUUUGUUUUGAAAUAAUUGUGUUUUCCGUUUUGAUCCGAAUGUAUGGAGCUUUAGAAAAUUUAGCGUUUGAAAAUUAUUUCUUACUAACGGAUACAUAUUACGAAAGGAAAAUCGUUUUGGACGAUGUGAGAAAAAUUUAAUAAAAGUGUAAUACUUUUCCUAAUUAAGUUUUACUCAAAAUGAAAUCUUGGCAAGGUACUGUUUCGAAAAGGAACGCGUAGAGAAUCAUUUGGCAAAAAAAGCGGCGUUUAAGACGCGAAGGGCAUGUUUUCUUUUGCACUUUUAUUAUUUUCAUGUCAUUAUUCCCCUCUUCUAGGAUGACGAUUUCCGACAGCCGACCAUGGUUCAUCAGAAAUGUUUUUGUUUGUUUGGUUUUGGUCAUUUAUUUGGUUUACACUGUGUAUUUUAUGGAAAUAAGAUUUUCAGAAGAUCAACAUGAACGAGUAUUGACUCAUUACGAAAGGGUAAAAAAUUUUUAAAAAAAUUAAAAAGCUAACUGCAAAGCAUUAUUUACUGAGGAUGCAAGGUCAAUUUGGUACUGCCACUUUCUGAAACAAGUUUUGAACAAGAUUAAAAUGUUUAAAGAAAAUGUAAAAUACCUCUAAAAUUUCUCUCUAACUGUUAAUCAGGACGGCUUCGAACCAAUACAAAUUGCUUAGAACCUUAAGAGGCUUCAGCUAUCAAAUUUAUAAUCUAUAAUUAUUGCCAGUAUAUAUUACUUUUUUCUCCGAUUAUACACAAUUAUUGUCAACAGAUGAUGAAAAAUAAACACAACAUAACCGCGUCUCCUUUGGAUUUAGUAAUGCAUAUGAGACGAACGAAAUACAAAAAAGUGUCAGAAUAUAUACCAAAAUACAAUCUGCUGAAUUUCUUCGAAGGCAAUUCUGAAAAAAACUAUUAUUUUUCGACGAUAAGAACUUUGCAGGAAUAGAUUAUUGGCUUCAAAAUUCCUUAGACCGAAAAAUUCAGGGAUUGGGAAGAAACAGAAAAUACAGCAGUAUUAAUCCUUACGUUUAUUUCGCUUUUAGUACAAAGUUUAGAAAUGGAUUGAAACCUUUGUUUGGAAAUAUUCGUAUUUUUCCGUUUAGAUCAGAGGGGAUGGAGCUUUAGCAAAUAUAGCAUCAAUAUAGAUAGUGUAUUCUCCAAGCCCAGGUGUCACUAUUGUAAAAUCCCAUUUUGUCAAUGUGGAACGAAAAAAAAGCUUGAUACCUUUUUCAACGUUUUGGCGUGGUACCUUGUAAAAUAAAAAGCGUAAAAAAGCGUAUAACCCUAACUAACAAUGAAGCGCUUCGGCUACAUGUCAAAAUUAUGUUCUUUAGCACAUUGUAUACUUCAUCUUUGCAUUCUUCAUCUUUACAUACUUCAUCUUCUCGGAUAAAGUUUUUUUGGGUUUGUUUUGUAUUGCCUAUGUGUUCUAUCUUUAUAGCAAAACGCGGUUUUCAGGAAUUCCACUUGGACUACCAUCGUCGACAAUAACGAAGGGCAAAAGUGAAAUAAGUCACAAAAACAAAAAAGCUGAUAACUCUAAACCAUGAUUAACUGAGGAUGUGAAAUCAAACCCGUCAGAGUGUUGCUACUACUCCAAGGUGAAUCAAGUUAUCAAUAAAGAUUAACUUCAAGGAAAGAAUUGUAAAUAUCUGGAAAAUUCGUGCGAGAUUUCCAAUCAUGAUGGGAUUGGCAAUUGCUUACAGCUUAGAAACGCGAAUGGCUAUGACUGAAAUAUUUUACACAUAGUGUUAUUAUCGAUGUACAUCACUUUUUUUCCUUAUUACAUCCUACAAAAAUACAACAUCAUUCAAUAGAAGGGCAUAGCAUCAGUCUUAAACGUCCUUUGUCCUCUCCACUUCUUUAUUGUUGGUACUAUUCUUCACUGUAUAAUCUCGCCUUAAGUAUAAUUAUAGCAUUGACACCACGGUUUUUUAGAGUGCAACGAAAUGAAGAAAUGGAAGAAAAUGAUAAAAAGUUGUCUUCUGAUGUCGACACAAAAAAGUGAAGAGUGAGAGUUUCCACAUACGAGGGACUUAGCAGCUAAAACAUAGAGGAAAAAAGUCAUUUCAAAGUUCUCUUGCUUAAAAUGCUGAAAUGUAAACAACUUCAUUUCUGAUUCACUUUAUGACUUUUUUUUCCCACUUUCAGAUUAUUUAAAGACAAUAUAGGAAUAAACACAACUUCCAUCUUUCAUGUACGGAAAUUAAAUCAAUCAACUGUCUUUUCAAAAAACAACGAUCUUGCUUUCGAAACCACACCUGCUACACUCUCUGCUAUCUGUGAGUCAAACUUGUUCAGUAGAAAGAUGUUUUGUGUUCAACAACGUUUGUAUUCAUUGAGGGAGCUUAUCAAAUUUUACUAAUUUCCCAAAUCCUUGAAAUUCAAUUUUGGCAGAGAGGAAAGCAGCAGACUUGAUGAGCCGAACACAAUUUCAAGAUGAGAAAAGGUUAAAUGAAGCUCGAAAAGAAGAUUAAGGACAAUAUUUUCAGCCUCUUUCGAAAAAUUUUAAGAUUCCAUGUAUACGAAUUCAUAACUUUUCAAUCAACUUUGCUCCUGCUUUUCAUGCAAAACUGAUCAAUUUUAACUGUAAAUAGUAAAAAGAAAUUCACUACAGUAAAAAAAUCAUGCCAUUUUAAUGAUAAUUUACAUCACAUCAUGUGGGCGAAUAUUUGUCAUAAUGGGAAAUAACAUUGUUGAAAAGAAUAGACCUUCUUUAGGAAGCUGCAAAAAUACUUACUCUAAGUAUACUGUAGUACACUAUACAUGGUAAGUAUACUAUACUCAAAUCUUUAGAACAUGGAAUCGUCGAAGUGAUCAAACAGCGGUGGCAUUAACAGAGAAUAUAAUAAUCACCAGGAAUGGAUUUCCUCACAAGGAAGGUAAUAAAUCCGCGUCAAUCACGCACAAGCAAGAAACUAGGAUUUCAUCUACAACAUCUUAUGGUAAACUUUCGGUUAUGUAAAUUAUGCGAGGCGCGCAACUUUCUUUGUCGAGCUUUCAUCUUCGCAACUCGACCAUACGAAUUUGCUCUCUUGGAACUUAAGGAUUGUUUUAAGAAUAGCUGAAAAAUAUCAAAAUCAGAGGAAACAAAACAAUGCUGGAAGAUUUUGCUUAAAAGUAAUUAAGGGACGCUCACACAAAAAGUUUGAAAUUCUUCAUACACCGCUUGAGAUAGGAUACUCGAAAAAAAAAAGUGGAAUAUUGUGCAAUAUGUCAGCUAAGCUCUUUGUAUUUCCGAAGUGAAUAAGCGAAACACUGUUAAACGAUUGCUGUUGACUUUCUUUACACGCAUUCAUUGAAAUUGAAAAAUUUGUCUAUUUUACUUGCAGGGACGGAGAAACAAAACGCCAUUUAGGGAAAGCGAUAUUUGCUGCCUACGUUCUGGCGUUGUUGAUGGGAAACUUCGUUCUCACUUAUAUCAUUCGAACAGAUAACUCUUUGAAGACCACAACAAAUUGUUUGAUUACGAACCAGGCAUAUGCAGAUGUAAUGCUAAAGUUUUAGAGCUACCGUAUUCUCUUCAUCAUAGAAUAAUGGACAGUUAAUGGUUUGGAGGAGUUUUUUAUUUCAUAACUUGCAAGAUGAGUUUAGCUGUUCAAUUUUCUAUAACGCAAUUUUCAAUAUGGAUGCUUUUCUCCAUUGCAGUUGAACGUUUCCAUUCAGUUAUUCUACCUCUGCGACAGUCACCUAUAUCUACACGUUUAAAAGAAAAUUUUGUGAUUCUCUGCAUAUGGUCUAAUGGUUCUUCUUUUUUCUUCAUUAAAGCUGAAAACUUUGAAAAAAGUCGAACAAUCUUAUUAUUGUGAUUUAUCACUCCUGUUAAGUAAUUAGACUGUAUUCAACAUUGCCUCCCUUAUUUUACGUGUUACAUUGCCUUUUUUGAUAAUGGUAAGUCUUUACGCGGCUGUGUGCUCGAAACUGUGGUCUAAUAAAGUUCCUGGAGAUGAACCCAAUCAGAUCGAAGCUCACGGAAUAGAAAAAAGAGUCACUGAGAUGAUGAUUGUGACGUUAGCAUGA